UAAUACAAUAAAACGAAUAAUGUUUGAUAAACUAAACUACAACUCAACGUUUACAAUACAGUAAUAAUAAUAUUUUAAUAGUUUUCUUUUCAAAAAUUCGUGUUACUUUUUCGUACAUCAGAAUAGUGUAGUAUAACUCUUAACUAACUAGAACGAUAAUGAUGUUAGCAAAUUGAAGAAUUCUACAUCAAUUACUCCGGAAGGUCAUUUUUUUUAGCAUAGUGAUGAACCUUUAUUUAUCCCCUUUCAAGAUAUUGACGAUCAUGCUGUUGGCGUUACUCGAAUUUUCCACCGUAGUUGUGAACGCCGCGCCAUUGGCUUUGGAAAACGAAUGGACGGCGGUGGUCAUACCCAUUACACGAGCACCAGUCACUACCCAUCAAGUACGAAAUGCAACGAAAAUCGAACCUUUCCAAAAGUGGUGGAACUCAAUUGCUACGAGUUAUCCGAAACGAUUCUGGACGACGGUGAAUUAUUUCCCCUUAAACAGUACUUUUCGUAGAUUUUCUUACAGUGGUAUGGACUUAAGUAAAAAUUACAAUGGUAAGAAUCCUCACGAUGAAAAAAAAUUUGGUAAAAAUAAGCACGAGAAGAAUAAAGGUGGUAAGAACCGCUACGAUAAACACUGUGGUAAAAACCUUCACCGGGAGCACUGUAGCAAGAACCAGUGUGAUAAGCCCUUUGGAAAAAAUCGCCAUGAAAAGCACUGUGCUAAAAACCAAAACAGCGACGGUCAUCAUGGUAAGAAUUACCAUGAACAAAACAAGCUGCAGAAGAUGAAAAAAUGCAACAAGCGCAAAGAGUUUAUCGUAGACAAUAAGGUUAUUGUCCACAUCAAUAAAAGUCGAACGCCUAGUACGACACUAUUACCGGUAAAAACAACGGUACCAGUUCUGGUCUCGACCACGCAUAAAUGUGUUGAGAAGAGUAGUAUUUUCUCGUUUGUUGACAUAUGUAUACUGAUAUAUUGUAUAUGUUUUUUGAUAGCCGUAUGUUUAAUACGUAUGUGAUAUAAAAUCGUUUUUUUCACUUUGUUAAUUUUUACAUAAUUUGUAUAUACCUAAAACACAUAAUUAUAUUUAAUAGUUCAUUACAGUAUAAUAAUAAUAAAUAUUUAUCUGUGUAAAA